UACUGGGUUACCAGUUUACAUGCGCGCACGAGAACGACCGCUAGUGUUUGUGAUAACUGUACUGUACUCGGUGAUUCUGUGACUAACUUUACAUUCCUGUGUAAAAACGUUAAAAUGGGGGGUAUAAAAUACCUCGUGCUACUCCACCUGGUCUACAUCAGUACCUGCAUGGAACAGUUGGAUAUCAUCUAUGAAUGGAAGCAGUUGGACUUUGAGUUCCAAACCCCAGAGGCUCGGCAGCAGGCAAUCGAUAGCGGGACAUUCAUACCAGAGAACAACAUGCCUAUGGGUCUAGAGAUCUAUGGUGACAAGCUGUUCAUCACCGUUCCUAGAUGGAGGAAGGGAGUACCAGCGAGUUUGACUUACGUUAAUUUAAAAGAUAAUUCAACGAAAUCACCAAAACUGAUCCCGUAUCCGAGCUGGGCCGCACAUUCGAUGGGAUCUGACGGCAAACCAGAAAUCGUAUCCCCGUUUAGAAUCCGAGCUGAUCGAUGCGACCGUCUCUGGGUCUUAGAUAAUGGAAAAAUUGGUAACCUCGAAGCCAACACAACGAAGUUCCUACCAUCCCUUAUCAUAUAUGAUUUAAAAACCGACAACCUCCUCAGAAAAUAUGUUUUCCCAGAAGAUCACGUGAAGGAAGAUUCAGGAUUCGCAAAUAUCGCCGUCGAGGAUAUGGACUGUGAUAAAACAUAUGCAUACGCUGGUGAUGUAGGGAAACCAGGAAUAGUCGUUUAUUCAUGGGAGAAGAACGAAUCGUGGAGAAUAACUCACCACUACUUCCACCCAGAUCCAUUGGCUUGUGACUUCAGUGUUAAGGGUCACAACUUCAGCUGGACUGAUGCUAUAUUUGGUCUAGGCUUAUCAGCUCCGAAUGCAGACAACUUCAGCACACUCUACUUCCAUCCGAUGGCAAGUUACAAUGAAUUCGCUGUAUCUACUGAAUAUUUAAGGAACCAAUCUGUAGCUGACGCUAAUUUCAACGCGUUCAAAAUGCUUGGAAGCAGAGGACCAAAUGCCCAAUCGAGCGCAUCUUUCGUGGACCCAAAAACUGGAGUUCUAUUCUAUUCUCUCGUCAAUCUAAACGCGGUAGCCUGCUGGAGGACCACGAACAAGGAAUACUUGAUGAAGAAUCAAGGAAGAAUAUAUAUGGAUGAUGAGAAAAUGAUCUAUCCGACGGACAUUAAAGUUGAUUACGAUGAAAAUCUUUGGGUGCUGUCUAAUAGAAUGCCCAUUUGGAUGUACAGUCGCUUGGACCCGAACGAAGUCAAUUUUAGAGUAUUCUCAGCCCCUGUUCUGAACGCUAUAAGUCAUACUGCAUGUGACGUGACGCCGAGGUCUGACAUAUUGACCAAAUAUGUCAACAAAUUAAAAAAUGUUACGAGCAAAAUAGCUGCAAAAAUUAAUCCUAAUUCAGGAGCUUCUAGUUUGCAAUUCCCGUUGAUCGUUUUGCUAAGUUCAAUCUUACUUUUAUCGGUUUGAUUGAUAUAAUUCUUAAAUGUAUACAUUUUGUGUGAUUUGUUGUUUAUGAGUGAAUUAUUAGUUAGUAAUGAUAUAUAAUAUUUAAACUGUAUGACAAAUCAAGACAUAAAAAACUAAUUAAAUGAUUUAAACUAUAAAAUAGUUACAAUAUAAUAAGAUUUUUUUUUUAAUUUGUGAUAAUUAUCGUUAAUAUAAAAAGGGAUCAAAAUUAUCUUUGAACAUUUUUGCUUAUAAAAAGGCAAAGGCUAUGUUUCUUUGGGCUUUUUUAUAUGCUUCAAUAUGAAUAAAUCUUUAAACUGUAAACUGACAUAAAAUAUCAUAUCAAUAUUUUAUUGUAAUAAAUAUUAAUGUUUCUACUUUGAAACUUUUUAAGGUGCUAAUUAUAGAUUAUUGACGAUCGUAAGCUUAGAAUAUUUAAAAAAAAAACACUUUCUUUAUGGUACACGGUACAAAAUAAUAAUACGUUACCCUUUAUUUAUUGUGAUUGUACAGAUCUAUGUAUUAAGUUAAAAAUGUACUUACUUGACGUGAACUUCAAGUGAUACAAAGUGACUUAGUGUAUAAGUGUCA